AGCUUUCUCAAACUCACUACCAAUGGCCACUUCAACCACUCUCCUAGUACUACUCCUCUCAUGGUUUCUACCAACACUGAAUGCACAUUCAGAAAAGGUACAUGACCCUCUAUCUGAUAAUUAUAUUCCAAGCUACAUCCCCAAGAGUCAAGAAAAUCAAAAUGUGGUCAUGAACACAAUAGACUCUUGUUGGCGAGCCAAAUCAAAUUGGGCUUCAAACCGAAAAUCAUUAGCAGAUUGUGCAAUUGGUUUUGGCAAAGAUGCUAUUGGAGGCAAAUUUGGAGAAAUAUAUGAAGUAACUGACCCCUCUGAUGACCCUGUGAGCCCAAAACCAGGCACACUUCGUUAUGGUGUGGUCCAAACAGAGCCUCUCUGGAUAAUUUUUUCCAAGGACAUGGUUAUCAAGCUCAAGAAUGAGCUCAUUGUGAAUAGCUACAAGACCAUUGAUGGGAGAGGUGCCAAGGUGGAGAUUGCAAAUGGCCCUUGCAUUACAAUACAAGGUGUGAGCCAUGUCAUUGUUCAUGGAAUUAGCAUUCAUGAUUGUAAACCUGGUGAGGCAGCCAUGGUUAUGAGCAAUGUUGACCAUGUUGGGCACCGUGAAGGCUCUGAUGGAGAUGCCAUUACUAUAUUUGCUUCCUCUAAUGUCUGGAUUGAUCAUUGCUUCUUUGCUCGUUGCGCUGAUGGUCUCACCGAUGUUACUCAUGCCUCAACUGCUGUCACGAUCUCAAACAAUUACUUCACCCAGCACGACAAAGUGAUGCUGCUGGGACAUAAUGAUGAAUACAGUGCAGAUAGAAUAAUGAGGGUAACGGUAGCUUUCAACCGUUUUGGCAGUGGCCUAAUUGAAAGAAUGCCACGGGUAAGAUUUGGUUAUGCUCAUGUAGUCAACAACCGGUAUGAUGAGUGGCUUAUGUAUGCUAUUGGUGGCAGUGCUGACCCUACCAUUUUCAGUGAAGGGAACUACUUUAUAGCUUCAAAUGAUUCUGCUGCAAAACAGGUUACCAAGAGGGAAACUAGUGGAAAAUGGAAUAAUUGGAAAUGGAGGAGUUCCAAGGAUGAAUUCAUAAAUGGAGCUUAUUUUGUGCCAUCUGGGUAUGGAAGUUGUACCCCAAUGUAUUCAUCUGCUCAAAAAUUUAAUGCGGCCCAGCCAUCCAUGGUGCCUCUAUUAACUCUCAAUGCAGGACCACUGGAUUGUAAUGUUAACAAAGCAUGCUAAUUUCUACCUGUUUUCUUAACUUUUUUUCCUUUUUUUUUUUUGUGAUUUUGUAUUCUGAGAGCCCCCAAUUUGGCAUUUUUAUCUGAAGACAUGGAUGUAUACAGUAUACUCUACCCAUUUUCACAGUCAUUUUUAUAUCAAUUGGAAGAAAGCUAGAAUAUGUUUUCAUUAGUUA